UGUUUCACCAGCCCGCGCGGCCUACUACGCUCGCACCGCACAGUAUCGCUGCGGAUACGCUGAAGAGAGGUGUACGUAACGUAAUUUAUCGAGUACGAUCUUAUGCAGCACCUGUAACGACCGGGGAAUGUAAACAGAAAUUUUUUAGAUGGACAUUUCUUUGCCGCUGGACGUACCGUGUGACACUUUCGGCCCAUAAUAUCGAUAGUUUAUUUAUGCAAGUGUGAUACGAGGUUACCUAAUCUCAAAUCCAGUUUUUGUUUUGUUUUGGUUUGUGUUUUUUUACGAUUUUUGUUUGUGACUGUUUUGUAUGGAUAUGUUGUGGAUUUUAAGAAAGCAGGAUUGACUCGUUUUUCAGAUCACUCAACCAAAACAUGUAAAUUCUAAGGAAAUCAAUCAACUUCUAACACGGGCGUAAUGUGCCUAGUUUGUGGCCGGUUGUGGACUGCCCUUCAAGUAUUAUGGAGUACAUUUUACAUAAUAUGUGGUGCUGCUCAACUGAUGACAGGAAUAUUUUUCCUGAUUUCGGUACCUGAGAUACAAAUAUAUGCCGUCUUGGUGGCCGGAGCUUGGAACAUUAUAAUCGGCAUAUGCGGAGGGAUCAUCGCCUGUAUAUGUGUUCUAUCUCCAAGACGGCAAGAAAUGUUGCUCUAUUUGGCAGUCUCAAUCCUCACCAUGACAAUCGUUAACAUUGUUGUGACUGAGUACUGGUUCUACAAGCACGAUAUGUCACAAAUACUCAAGAAAUAUACUAAUUACCUGCUCAUAGAAUACGCUUGUUUUGUGUCGAGAGUGGCGGCCGCUGUGGUGUUGGUGGUGUCUUUUGUCGACUGUCAAUUCGCUUUUUGUUCAAUGCAAUUCGUGUCCAAGCCCAGGAACAAGAAAUUCAGGGGGUCCCACGAACAACUCUCUGAUAUCGAGUACAUCAUACCAAGGCCGAAAAAUACGAAACCGAACACACAUACUGUGUACGACGCUUACGCACAAAGUUGGGUUUUUGACGCCGAAAACGCAGGCUGUUCUAACGGAACUACUGGAACUAAAGGUCCGUAUUUCGAGGUACUACAAAAUGGGACGCCGCAAAAACCGUCGAAUGGUGCCGUUACUAGCAUGCAGAACGGCAUGGUGAAAGAAAAUGGCCAUAUCAUAGAUAACCCCGUAGUUCACAUAGAAGAAGCUUCAGACGACAGCACAAGUAACAGCGACCGAAAGUUAUGCUACAUGAAAAGUUUCUCGCGCUCACACUCACCAGUAGUUUUAUCAGCUAGCUCAUCCCAACUUAGUCUCAAUUCAAACCAAAACAAGAACCCUCUCAUUUACGAAUGUCUAGAGAAACUCACAGAACCAACUAUAUACCGCUCAAGACUAAACACUGCUGUAAGUAACAAAGAAGAAGACGAUCAACAAUACCAAGCACCGCAAGCUGUGAUCAUGAGAAGACCGGAGUCCGUCAGUCCCCGAGCCGAAACCGUUCAAUAUGCUUCUUUGAUGAAGGAGUUGCAGAAGAAGAUCGUUAAGAAAGAAUCUCCGAACGUUACAUCACCUCAAAGCAACACAAGUGAAAGUGCCACCACUUCUGAGAAAACUCAAAACUCGAAAAGUAGUAGUCGAUCAGAAGGAAAAAGCAGCGACGCAGAUUUCUCCAAAGAACUAGAAGCAGCUCUUCAAUUAAUUCAGGAUUUAGAAAGUCCCAAUACUAUUGAAACUCCCUCCGAUGCCAAGUCCUUAGACGGACAUGCCAGACCCUUAGCCGUAUGGAGGAAUAGCGAUGCUAGCGAAAGCAGUGAAAAAACUCUUAGCGCAGUAGGAUCCCUAGCCGAGAUUACCUCUCCUCUAACUGAGUGCCAACCCGAAUUGUAUACCUUCAAGCCGUCAACGAACGGUAAGGGUGCAAAAGUUAUCGUUCACUACCCCGAUUCCCAAAGCACCUCCGGUUACAGUUCACCAACCCACGGACCUAAUUGGUCCACAGCUUCCAGUAUAUCUGGAGGUAGUCCAGAUACUAAACCUACAUUAUACUCCAUUCAUAACACUAAAUCUACUACCGUCAUAUCAUUAUAUUCUUCUCCCAAUAACACCAAAGGCAAAUCCGUUACACUAGUCAAAAUAACCGGCGAUGAGCCAGUUAAUACUACCAAAAUUAAAGUUAGCCCUUAUACUGAUACCAUAGAUAAUUCUUCAUUCUUAUCAGAUUAUAAUAGUACAAACAAUACACAUUCCCCGUUGAUAACCGACUACGAGACCAACAAAACCAGCGAGAAACUUUCUGAUGUGGAACCCAAGGAAAAGCUGUCUACAUUUAAAUCUACCCCUCCCCAGUCUGGGUGGACACUAAAUUCACUGCUUCGCAAGAAGAAGCAAAACGCCCUACCCAAGCUCGCUCCAGAACUAGAAGGGGCUAUCAUAAAAUCUGAGAGCUUAGCUUACUUGUCCGAAAUAGAAUUGCUUGCUCGACAUCAAAGGAACAAAGAAUUACAGAGGGAAAUAGAGAAAAAGGUAGUUCAACAGCUGGGUGUUCCAAGGACUGCAAGGACUGAAUCUAACUGUUAGAUAUACUAAACUGUAGAACUUUUCCAAAACGAACCCCCCUACUAUCGCAAUUAAGCAUUCGUCCAUCUUUUCGACUUAUUUUACUAAUAAUUUAUAUUUUUCCAAUCAUAUUUGUAAUUCUAUGUUGUAUAUAUUGUUGUUAUAGUCAUAUAGUUUAUAUUAUAAUUCUAUUGUAAAUAUAUUCAAUUAGGCAUUGAAUUCCUUUUAUAAAUAAAAUGUCUUCACUCUUUA